GCUUCUUGUAAGACAAAAGUUGAAAAUUUAAUUGACAAUUGAUUGGACGAUCAAACUUUUCUUAUCUUAAGUUUACUAAGACUUGAUAACCUUGACCAAACUAACCUAACCUAACCGUAAGUAUUUAAAGGGGUGACUGUCUUAAAGAUUCUUUAGUCAUUCUUUUUUAGCUAUUUCUUUACUACUUGCUCCAGUAUUUUGUGUUUGUUUAUUCAAUAUGGAAGGCCGUAUUCGCGCUCCAUUUUGUGAAAAUAAAAGGUCUAUUGCUAAUGCACGUGAACUUUUUUAUAAACAGAUGCCUAACGUUGGUUUUAUGCCCCCCACCUAUUCGGAUUUGAAGGAAACUUUGAAAUCUUUAACUAAUAAUAAAUACGAUUUCAUGGUUAUCAAAUUAGUUACUCGACGUUUAAGUAAAUUGAUACCAGUUUGUGAUCUUAAUUUACCCAAUUCAGACUGGGUAAAUCAUAUUUUUUCAUACAUCGAAACAAAUGAGUGUUACGAUAAAGAGAAUUUCAGUUUGCCUUAUCUUGAAACCUCGCUUACUUAUGCCCGCCAUUUGUCACUGAGAAACAUCAUUGUUGAAUGUCCGCAAGAGAUUGAUGCCAUCACUCGGUUAGCCAGAGUUUUAUCUGGUAAAAUUUUUUCGUCUCAUUCAUAUGCCAAUGUUCUUAUCCACGUACCCCUGCAAUUGCAAUCCAAAGUGCAUCAAGAAGAGGGAACAAUCAAUAAAAAAUUCCAUGAACACGAUACUUGGAAAUUGUUUAAUCAUUUACGGUCUCACAUUGGAUAUGAUUCAAGACUGGGUCUUUGCUUGGAAGUCGCUGGCGAUAUUCCUGAUAAAAACACUCAAAAAAGAUGGCUUGGCGAGCCUAUUAAAAUGAUUUUGAUUAAUUCGGAUUUGUUUGUGCCCGAUAAAGACAGUUUUGUGCGAAUUCCAGAGCCAUGGAUGGAAUUCAUUGUUUCCAUUCUUAGAGCCAGCUGUAGGAAAAUUGCCAUAUUAGUUAAAGGCAAAAUUCCCGUUUCCUACAUGAAAAAAGUUGCGCUUUACUUGAAUGAAGUAUUCGAUACCUAUCGAUCUAAUUCUCUUAUCGACCAAUUCGCCACUGGCUAUGAAGAUAUAUUACAAGUUCCAUUGCAGCCCUUACAAGAUAAUCUGGAGUCGGGAACGUACGAAAUAUUUGAAAGAGACCCUGUCAAGUAUAAUAAAUACACAGCAGCAAUGACUGUUGCUCUUAAACGUUUACCGAAAGAAAAACCUGUAGUGGUUCUAUUGGUUGGUGCUGGUAGAGGUCCAUUGAUUCGGUGUUCUUUGAUAGCAGCCGCGGAAACAGGACAUGAAGUUCAUCUUUAUGCCAUUGAGAAAAACGAGUGUGCUGCAAAUACUCUUGAAAAUCAAAAUUUAGUUAAAACUACUCUCAAUUUAAACCCUAAAAGUUUCGUGAAAAUCGUGAAUUCGGAUAUUAGAGAGUGGGACGCUCCCGAGUUAGCUGAUAUUGUAAUUUCUGAAUUACUAGGAUCCUUUGGAGAUAAUGAAUUGUCUCCUGAAUGUUUAGAUGGAGUCUGGAAAAGCGUUAAACCAACAGCCAUUUCCAUUCCAGAAUCCUACCGAUCCUACAUAGGCCCAGCUAUGUCUGCUAAACUUUACUCCGACACUUUGGCUUUAAAUGAAGGUGAUAAACAAUCCAAGACUGAUUACCAUUAUGUUUCUCUGAUGAAAGGCUUCUACCCAAUCGAUUCACCAAAAGUUCUUUUCACCUUUGAACACACCGAACUCUCUAAAUGUCCCAAGGAACGAGAUAAUCAACGCUACAAGGUGUUAGAAUUCAAAGCUGAUAUAGACUGUAUCCUCCAUGGAUUUGCGGGUUACUUUGAUUGUACACUGAUUAAAGGCAUAGACCUUUCAAUUGCGCCACAUAAUUUUACGGAGGAUUUAAUCAGUUGGUUCCCAAUGUGGAUUCCAUUAUCAAAACCAGUUGACGUUCCUGCGAAUAAGACUAUUUCUGUUCACUUUUGGCGAAAUGUAUCAAAAUCUAAAGUUUGGUAUGAAUGGUGUAUCAGUGAACCCGAACCAACUCCCAUUCAAAAUCCAAGCGGACGAUCAUAUUUUAUUGGUCUCGUUUAACAAUCAUGACUUUUUCUAGUAUUAGGAACUGAUAAUUUUUGGCAUAUUUUUUCUACACAAGUGCCGUUGAAUUAAUUUAAAGGUUAAUUUAUCUAAUGUGUAAUCAAUCUUUAUUGUGAUUAUUGACAAAAUGUCAAAAAAUUAAUACCUGCUUAUUUGAUUAAAAACUCGCUUUGACUAAUUUAAA